CUCUCCCUCGCUGUCUUUCUUCUCGUGUCAUGCUUUAUAAGGCAGGGAUCAGCUUGAGCAUGAGUGAGUGUGUGUGAGCUCUGUCUUUGCUGCAGCAUCCUGGGUCUCUGUGUGGAGGAGAGGAGGAGAGUUCCUGCUACUCUCCCAGCAAAGAGCACUCUAGGUGGGGGAACAUCAUGGUCAGAGAGGGGGUUCUCUUGACCAGAAACAGUACAGUCCCAGGACAGAACGGACAGACAGAGACGCGUGGUGACUGGAGAGGAACGAAAUAAGAGAUCAAGAGGAGAGGAGCGUAUUGCUGCCUCUCAGGCUUUUGUGUUGUGAGAAACUAAGGGAGAAAAGAGGGGAGGAUAGGAGGGAGGGGGGCACACUCCUGAGAUACAGGGAUCCCAGGAGGUUUCAGCAGGGGGGAGAGGGCUGUACAGGAGGGGCGUGUCAAAGCUGAAGUGGAGUAGGUCUUCUCUGCUUAUCAAAGACAAGAAAGACAGAAGGAAAGGAAGAAAAAUAAGUGAAGAGUGAAGGAGAGGUAACGGUUUCGCCUCAGCGUCAGGAGUUGAAGAGGGUCUCGAGGGGGUCAUGGUGAGAAUGAAGAGGGAGAGAGUCUGCUGAGAAAAAAGAAAGUAGAAACAACAAGCAGAAGGUAAGGACAAAGGGAUGUGUGCUCAUUGAGUGAAGACUUGGUUUCUGAGGAAGAAGAAGAGGAGGAGGAGAGGUCUCUCUUGUUGAGGCGUCUGGUUGUUUUCCCUGUUGAACUUCAGUCAGUCUACAGGACCCCAUCAUGGCCGUCCAACUCAUGCCCGAAUCAGCUGUCUGUUUGCUUAUGAUGACAGAGGGGCGGCGAUGUCAGGUCCAUCUCCUGGACGACAGGAAGCUGGAGCUCCUCGUACAGCCCAAACUGAUGGCCAAGGACCUUUUGGAUCUGGUGGCCUCCCACUUCAACCUGAAGGAGAAGGAAUACUUUGGCAUCUCCUACACCGAUGAAACGGGUCAUUUCAGCUGGCUGCAGUUGGACCGAAGGGUUCUAGAACACGAGUUCCCCAAGAAGUCUGGACCCAUCGUACUGUACUUCUGUGUCAGGUUUUACAUAGAGAGUAUUUCCUACCUGAAGGAUAAUGCUACUAUCGAACUCUUCUUCCUCAAUGCUAAGUCCUGCAUAUACAAGGAGCUCAUUGAGGUGGACAGUGAGGUGGUUUUUGAGCUGGCCUCCUAUAUCCUACAGGAGGCUAAAGGUGACUUCACCAGUAACGACGUGACGAGGUCAGAUCUGAAGAAGCUUCCAGCUCUGCCGACUCAGGCCCUGAAGGAACACCCAUCUCUGGCAUACUGUGAGGACCGGGUGAUAGAACACUACAAGAAGCUGAAUGGACAGUCCAGAGGGCAGGCCAUAGUCAAUUAUAUGAGCAUCGUUGAGUCUCUGCCUACGUAUGGAGUACAUUACUACACUGUUAAGGAUAAACAGGGCAUCCCGUGGUGGCUGGGCCUGAGUUAUAAAGGAAUCUUCCAGUAUGACUACCAGGACAAGGUCAAGCCCAGGAAGGUGUUCCAAUGGCGUCAGCUGGAGAACCUCUACUUCAGAGAGAAGAAGUUCUCAGUGGAAGUUCAUGACCCCAGGAGUAGGGCGUCGGUGACCAGAAGGACGUUUGGCCACAGUGGUAUAGCUGUCCACACCUGGUACGCCUGCCCUGCUCUCAUUAAGUCUAUCUGGGCCAUGGCCAUCAGCCAACACCAGUUCUACCUGGACCGCAAGCAGAGCAAGUCUAAGAUCCAUGCGGCUCGUAGCCUCAGUGAGAUAGCCAUCGACCUGACAGAGACUGGCACUCUGAAGACAUCUAAACUGGCCAACAUGGGCAGCAAGGGCAAGAUCAUCAGCGGCAGCUCUGGCAGUCUGCUCUCCUCAGGUUCCCAGGAGUCGGACAGUUCUCAGACAGCUAAGAAAGACAUGCUGGCAGCACUGAGGGCCAGGCAGGAGGCUCUGGAAGAGACACUCAAACAGAGACUAGAGGAACUCAAGGACAUCUGUAUCAGAGAGGCGGAGUUGACAGGGAAGCUUCCUGAGGAGUAUCCGUUAGAUCCAGGGGAGGAGCCUCCGACAGUCAGGAGGAAGAUUGGCCCCGCCUUCAAACUGGACGAACACAAGAUCAAGCCGAAAAGAGAGGAGGAAGAGCUAGAGCGUCUAGAGAGGGAGUUUGCCAUCCAAUCACAGAUCACGGAGGCUGCGAGGCGGUUGGCCGGCGAUCCGCACGUGAGCAGUAAGAAGCUGAGGAAACAGAGGAAGACGUCGUACCUGAACGCACUGAGGAAACUCCAGGAGAUAGAGAACGCCAUCAACGAACACCGUGUCCGCUCUGGGAAGAAACCCACGCAACGCGCUUCGCUUAUCAUAGAGGGUGAGACUACACACAUGCUGAGAGAAUCGCUUAUACGAACCACAGCGCGUAACAAACAGGAGGCCAACAUCGGCUCAGAGGACAGCUCUCUGUCUGACGCUCUGGUCCUAGACGACGAUGACCCCCAGGUGACAGGGACCCCCACCUUCUCUCCGACAGCAUCUCCACAAAAGGGCCUCCCUCCCCGGCCUCCUUCCCACAGCCGGCCCCCUCCUCCCCAGUCCCUAGAAGGCCUUCGGCACCUGCACUACUCUCGCUCCGAAUACGACAAGUCCCCCAUCAAACCCAAGAUGUGGAGUGAGUCCUCGCUGGACGAACCCUACGAGAGGGUAAAAAAACGCUCCUCACACUCCAGUCACAGGCGGUUCCCCAGCUCUGGUACUUGUGGGGAGGCAGGAGGCAGUAACUCUCUGCAGAGUAGCCCCAUCAGGAGCCUUCCUCACUGGAGCGCCCAAUCCAGCAUGCCCUCUACCCCUGACCUUAGGACCAGGACCCCUCAAUAUGUACACUCCACCAGGUCUGUGGACAUCAGUCCCACCCGUCUGCACAGUCUGGUUCAGCACUUUAGGAACCGCAGCUCCAGCCUGGAAUCUCAGGGCAAGCUGCUGGCCUCCGACCCCGAUACACACACUCACACAGACACCCUGGGAGCCCUGGGCAGCCCAGACUUCUUCUUGGCCCCAGGGACACGCAGCUCGAACGGUUCGGACCCGCUGGAUGACUGUUCGUCCUGUACCUCCCAGAGCAGCUCAGAACACUACUACCCUGGGGGAGCGCCAGGCUCCAACCCUAACUACUCCACCCUGGGAGAGGACUCCCCCUCCAAAGCCAGGCAGAGGCAGAGGCAGAGGCACAGGUCUGCAGGUCACCUUGGUUCCUCUAACUCUGGCUCCAUGCCCAACCUGGCAGCCAAGAACGGUUCAGGGGGCAGUGGUACAGGGGGAGCAGGGACUGGGUCAGGGCAGCACGGGGUGUACCUCCACAGCCAGAGCCAGCCCUCGUCCCAGUACCGGAUUAAAGAGUACCCCCUGUACGUAGAGGGAAGCCCCAACCCGGUGGUGGUGCGCAGCCUGGAGAGUGACCAGGAGGGCCACUACAGCGUCAAGGCCCAGUUCAAAACCUCCAGCUCCUACACAGCCGGGGGUCUCUACAAGGAGACCUGGGGGGGUGAGGAGGGGGGAGAGGGGAGUGGCAGACUCACCCCGUCCCGCUCCCAGAUUGUACGGACUCCCUCACUGGGGCGAGAGGGGGGAGGAGGGGGGAGGGCAGUGGUGUCGGACGAGCUGAGGUGUUGGUACCAGCGCUCAUCGGGCAGUCUAAAGGAGAGGAGUCACUGUGGCUCCAAUGCGUCAGACAGCGGCUCGUUGCAAGGCACUCUUGGACACGGACGAGGCAACAGGGUGGGGACGCUCGCCAAGGGAUCGCCAGCAGCGUCCCCUCACAGCCAGAGGAGUGUGACUCCCUCCAGUGAACAGGCUGCCACCCCCAUACCCCCCAGCAGCCCACAACACAUCCUCAACUGGCAGAGCGGGUCAUUCAAUGAUAGCUGUUUCCUCAGCAGUCCUCUGUGUUCAGAGCUGGCAGAUGUCCAGUGGUACGGAAACGACAAGGCCAAACCUGGAACCCUGGUCUGACCUACUGACCACCACCCACUGACCCUCAACACUGAUCCUUACUGACUCAACCUCCAACAUCUCAACUGAUCCUUACAGCCCCCACCAACCUCUCCUCCAGUGCUGACUAGAUUGGCCUUAUCAUGGGCAGGAAACCCUCAUCCAUUCCUCCCUUCAUCCAUCUUUCCCUUUAUCAGUUUCUGUGUAUAUCGGGCUUGGCUGAACUAGGGGUUCUAGGACCAACACGACUAUUGCUGUGGAACAGCCAACCAUAGCCUCCGAUCCUGAACUCUGAGCGUGAACUCUGACCUUUAAUCUCUGACCCUGAGUCUGCUCCAGUCUGAGCCCAAGGAUAACCAGGAAUGGGCAAGGGGGGAGGAGGGGUAAAUCCAGACUACACUCAGCCCACCAGGCCCUGUCUCAUAUCUACCCCUGACCCAAGUGUGCUGCCAGUGUGCUCCCAUGUGUUUUGGCUCAUGUUCUGGACCUUUGUGUGUGUACGCUUGAUCUGCUAGGUUCAUUCAUUUCAUGUUUUAUGUUUUAGUUUAUUUCUCUAUCGUUUUCUACAACAACAACAACAAAAUGCGGGAGAGACUCGAUUCACCCCUCUUUAUGAAAACCUUCAGAAUAUUUUUCACUCUUCAGAAAAACUGCAGAGUGGAUUAUUGGAGAAUUCUAGAUUAUCUGAAAGACUAGGCAAACAUACAAACAUUCCCAAAAAUCCUAAUCCCAAUCCCAACUCCUAUCCCACAACCAAAGAUCCAUCUGGCUGACCAAUGGCACCAGUCCCAUGGACACACUGGGAACACUGGUUUAUCAUACUGGGAGUUACACCCCACAAUACUAGGAGUCCUCAAAGGAACUGAAAGACUGAUCAAUUCUACUGGGAUCCUGCUCAGCACGUCUACUGGGAUGUCAGUAAUCUGAACUGGUAGUAUACAACAGCCAGCCACACUGAUCAACUAGUUUCUUGUACUGGGAUGAUCCACACUUCUACUGAGCAGUGAGCUCCUGGACUGGGAUGUUUUGCCACACCUGUAUACUGGGGGACUGUGGUCAGCUGUACUGGGAGACUAUGGACAGACUGGGGGCCCUGCACAGCCAGAUCAGAGAUAGACAGGGACAGACUGUGCCACAGGCCACAGACACUUAUUCAAGGUUUGGGCCCUGAAAUGCCAAGCCACAAUAUGCAAGGAAUCUCAUUGAAAGCCAAUGUCUUGAGUUUGUGAUGGUUGAAACUGUAGAUAUAUGUGUAGCAGUUUUCAGGUUAAGACCACAUAUAGUUUUGGGUGUUUAUUUCCAAUCAUAUCUGCAGGCUUUCAGUGGUCUAUUUCAUCUGGAUCAACCCCUUCGUUUCACUUCCUGGUAAGAAGUGAAAGCUGAUUGGAUGUUUAGGACUGUGUGUGUCUCCCACUCCUCUCUCUCUCUCUGGGGAUGGGCGUAUGCUGUGGAGCUGAUCGAUCACACAGCUGCAGCGAAGGGCACUCCCCUCCUUCAUAGUCGAGCUGCGCAUAUGAUCAAAUUGAUGAGAUGUUAAACACUCGAGGCGUUGUGAUAUCUGACUCUCUGCGUAGUCCUCUGUUAAAAAUGGGAGGCAACCCUUAUUUAAGGACCAGUCUGUCUCUGUGACAUCGAUCUGUCUGUCCAACUCCACGAUUGGUCAUUGUCUCAGACACUAGGGUAGUAUAUUUGAGGGUAAACAUUUAGAUCAGGCAUGAGGCCUGUAAACUCCAGUGGGUACUCUUUUGUACAGGUCACUAUCUCAGGCUAUAUUCUCUCUGCCUAAAGUCUCUCCUAUCACCAGUCAGAACACACACAUCUUGUUUGUGGACACACACACUUUUCUCAUCAGUGCCAUCUAUGGUGGUGCUUAAAGUCUGUACUGUAACCCAGCACUGAAAACAGCCACUCACUAACAUGACAAACCAUAUAACUACAAAUCCCACAGGGUCCGGUUCCUAGUCUAGCAGAGGAAGUGGCUGUGUUCAAGAGCAUCAAAAUGAUAUAUCAUGGGUACAUUGUGACUGACUGACUGAUCUACAAAUAAUAAUAAGUUAUUUAUGAUGCAAGGUGAUUUGUAGCUAAGUCAGUCAGCAGUCACCUGCACUGUCGGCUGUAAUGUCGAACAAGCCCAGUGUCUGCUAUAUAGAGAACCUGCUUCCCAGAGCCAAAAUAACAUCAGGGAGAGGUAUAUACACCAAUCAGAGCUGGAUCUGCUAUGUGGGGUGUUGACUAUUGUAACUGUGUCAAGUAUUCAAUCUAAGUGUUGUUACCAGAGCACAACAUACACAGUUGCACACUAUGUAUGAAGACUAUAGGCCUACUAUAUAGAGAACCAGUUUUCAUCUAGUUCUCCUCCUGGCUUUUUGAUACAUCUAAGGGGAUUAAAAACAUCUGCAUAACAACACAUUUACGAUGUAAAAGUAAAUCCAGACUUUAUAUAAGAGUAACACACACAUAUCUAGAAUAUAAAUAAUGUCACCCCGGCACCAGAAGGGUGUUUAUAUCAUUGUGCUUUUAUUGUGCCCCGUUCAAGAGAACUGGGAACUCAGAAAUCUCCGACGUUGGACUUCAGUGCAUUCAAGACAACUGGGAACUCGGAAAUCUCAGACGUUGGACGUCAGUGUGUUCAAGACAACUAGGAACUCGGGGAAAAAAACUAGCUCCAACUGGGAAAAACUGUUUUGAACGGUCAUCCGGAAUUCCAAGUCGGAAACUCGGGGAUCAUCCUAAAGCUCCGACUUCUCCAACCUGAAGAUCACUGUCAUGAUUUGAUCUCGUUUUAUUAUGAGUUCCCAGUUGUCUUGAAAGCACCAUGUGUAGGUAAUGUCAUCAAUGAACAUCAAUGAACUGACCUUGGUUUAGUAAUGGAGGCCAUCACCGUAUCCUGCUGUAACACAGCUGUGACUCAAAGAGAACGUGUAGUUUCCAUAUAACUCUCGCUUACAUAGACCAACUCUUGUCACAAACAAAUUCUUAAGCAGGUAUUUUAAAGCACACCUUCUGGUUUUCUGCUGGGGAAAAGAAGCCUCUGCCCAACGUUGUUGUAAUGCUGUAUGUCUGGACAGUGUACAAAACCCCAAACAAAGCAAAGAAUUGCAGUCCUUCUCUCACACCUGCCUGUGCUUUGUAAAGGCUUAUAUUAAACAAACAUCUGAAAACAUUGUUUAUAUGUUGCACAAAAAUCUGACCCCGUCAAAUGAGUUGAACUUGCACCAAGCGGCAUGGUGGACUAAUUCAGUUCAGUUUGAACAAGUUUCACGGCCCCCAACCCUGCCACACUGCAAAGUCCUGGUAAAAAUGCUGUGUUUCUUCUGAACUUUGAACUCCUGUUGUUUACCUCUUUAGAACCACAUCAGCUAGGCUAAGGCUCAUUAGCCUGACCAUUUCCCAUGGAUGAGAUACCUCUGCUAGCUCACACCAUUCCAUGCAUGCUCAAAAAAACAAAAAUACUCCCCUUCUCCACUCACCUUUUCCUCCUAGACAGAGAAGCAUUCUAUAUCCAUGACAACACCCCCAAACCCCCAGUUUGACUUUUGAUUCCUGGCCCCUCUGACCUUUGAACCCAAUGUGGUGAUGAUGUGUGCUGUACCCUCUUCUAGGUCCCCUAUGCCCAUACUGUCUGUACUCCAUAGAAACAUAAACAUUUUUAUAGUUAAAGAUGAACUCUUUUAUCAACCUCUUUCCUGUACGUUCUACAGAGGGGCACUGUAAGCCUAAGUGGGGUUUUUAACAUUCACUGUAAGCUUAAGUGGGGGUUUUAACAUUCACUGUAAGCCUAAGUGGGUUUUUUAACAUUCACUGUAAGCCUAAGUGGGGUUUUUAACAUUCACUGUACGCCUAAGUGGGGUUUUUAACAUUCACUGUAAGCCUAAGUGGGGUUUUUAACAUUCACUGUACGCCUAAGUGGGGUUUUUAACAUUCACUGUAAGCCUAAGUGGGGUUUUUAACAUUCACUGUAAGCCUAAGUGGGGGGUUUAACAUUCACUGUAAGCCUAAGUGGGGUUUUUAACAUUCACUGUAAGCCUAAGUGGGGGUUUUAACAUUCACUGUAAGCCUAAGUGGGGGUUUUAACAUUCACUGUAAGCCUAAGUGGGGGUUUUAACAUUCACUGUAAGCCUAAGUGGGGGUUUUAACAUUCACUGUAAGCUUAAGUGGGGGUUUUAACAUUCACUGUAAGCCUAAGUGGGGGUUUUAACAUUCACUGUAAGCUUAAGUGGGGGUUUUAACAUUCACUGUAAGCCUAAGUGGGGGUUUUAACAUUCACUGUAAGCCUAAGUGGGGGUUUUAACAUUCACUGUAAGCCUAAGUGGGGGUUUAACAUAACCAUGUUCCUUUUUAUAUGAACCAGUAUUAGUUCUUUCUUUGGUUUUUGUUUCUAAGUUCUGACAUAGUAAAAAUUCCUUUCAGGUGCUAUAUGAUGACCAGUUACCGCUUUGUCACGUAGGAUAUAGACUCUCCUCAUUGUUGUCAAUAGUUUUAAUACGUUGUGCAGAGCAAAGACCAUCCCUUUAGGCAGUAGGACACCCAUCCACCAGACCAUAGAGCAUGUAACCUGAUUUUAUUGGUUCUCUUCAACUGUAACCUGAUGAAAAAAAGGUGUUGUAGAAAAAAACUAUGUGGAAUUGACACAAAAAAAUACUGAAUUCCACAGUUAAUUUAUUCUUUUUUCUAUUAAGACUUUGUAUAGGAACUUUCCAUUUUUCUAAAUGGUGUUGUUGGCACCUGAUGAUGGAUUGUCCAGAUGAGAAGAAUUGGUGGUUUUUCAGAUUAUGAAAAUAAAUUAUUGCUGAAUGUUCUCAA